UUUUGAACGGUGUUCUGAAAAGUCGGUUCUGGUAUACGUACGGGGAACAGCCGGGCGCAGCGGGGAGUUACGGCGUGAAUGUUGUGGUGGAAAAGGAUGUGAGGAAGAUCUGACUACGCUUUAGGCACGGCGCCACGGUGUAUGCAGUAAACCAAUAACAGCAGCCGAUCGCCAGGAUGCGGACAGUGACGACGUGGGUGGAUAAAGUCCACGAUAAGGACAAAAAUGAACAACCCAUACACGACAUGUGUUUCCACCCCGAUGGCACGAUGCUGGUGGUGGCUGCUGGGAACCGGGUGCUGGUCUACGACGCCGUGGACGGAUCCCUCAUACAGCCGCUGAAAGGACACACGGGCAACGUGUACUGCGUGGCGUACAGCCGCGACGGCAAGCGGUUCGCGUCGGGCAGCCAGGACAAGAGCGUCAUCAUUUGGGCCACCAAGGGCACCAAGGUCGAGCACGGCGUCUGCCAGAUCGAGGGCAUCCUGCGCUACACGCACAAGGACGCCGUGCAGUGCAUCGCUUAUAACCCGCUGAGCCUGAUGCUGGUGUCGUGCUCGCUGUCCGACUUCGGCCUGUGGUCGCCCGAGCAGAAGAACGUCACCAAGUACAGCGUGCCCAGCCGCGUCAACAGCUGCACCUGGACCACCGACGGCCUGCUCUUCGCGCUCGGCCUCAUGAACGGCAGCGUCUCCAUCAGGAACAAGCAAGGGGAGGAGAAGGCGCGAAUCGAGCGUCCGGGCGGCAGCAGCUCGCCCGUCUGGCGCGUGCACUUCUCGCCGGUAAAGGAGGACGUGUAUGACGUGCUGGCGGUGGCUGACUGGGGCCAGACGCUCUCCUUCUACUCCGUCUACAGCAAGGACUUCAAGGUGGCUGAGAUCGGCAAGGAGCGCCAGCUGCGCUUCGACGCGUGCACCAUGCAGUUCUUCCCGCUGGGCCAGUACAUCCUGAUGGGCGGCUCCAACCGCGAGUGCACGCUCUUCACCAAGGAGGGCAUCCGUCUGGAGACGAUCAGCGCCCAGGAGUCGUGGGUCUGGUGCGCCGCGCCGCGGCCCGACAGCAACUACGUGGCGUGCGGCUGUAACGACGGCACCAUCGCGUACUACCAGCUCGUGUUCAGCACUGUUCACGGCCUGCACCGGGAGCGGUACGCCUUCAGGGAGAACAUGACUGACGUCAUCAUCGAGCACCUCAUCACCGAGCAGAAGGUGCGCAUCAAGUGCCGCGACAUGGUGAAGAAGAUCGCGCUCUACAAGACCCGGCUGGCGGUCCAGCUGCCCGAGAGGGUCAUCAUAUACGAGCUGUACACGGGAGACUCGACCGACAUGCACUACCGCGUCAAGGAGAAGCUCAACCAGAAGCUGGAGUGCAGCCUGCUGGUCAUCUGCGCCAAUCACCUGGUGCUCUGCCAGGACCGCCGCCUGCAGUGUCUCAACUUGUCGGGGGAGCGCGAGCGCGAGUGGGUGAUGGACUCGAUGAUCCGGUACAUCAAGGUGAUCGGCGGUCCGCCCGACCGCGAGUGCCUGCUCAUCGGACUCAAGAACGGCCACGUGUACAAGAUCUUCAUCGACAACGCGUUCCCGGUGAGCCUGCUCAAGGUGCCGUCGGCCAUUCGCUGUCUGGACCUGUCCGCCUACAAGGAGAAGCUGGCCGUCGUCGACGACAACGGCACCGUGCUCGUCUACAGCGUCGAGAGCAAGGAGCUCAUGUUCCAGGAGCCGAACGCCAGCAGCCUGUCGUUCAACACCAUGUGCGAGGACAUGCUGUGCUACUCCGGGAACGGCGUGCUCUUCAUCAAGGCGGCCUCCUACGUGCCGUACCAGCAGAAGCUGCCGGGCUUCGUGGUUGGCUUCAGCGGCAGCAAGGUGUUCGUGCUGUGGAACUACUCGAUGCGCUCCAUCGACGUGCUGCAGUCGGCGCCCAUGUACCAGUACAUCGACAAGAAGCUGUUCAGUCAGGCGUACGCGGUGGCCUGCCUGGGCGUCAGCGAGAGCGACUGGGAGACGCUGGGCACGGAGGCGCUCAACAAUCUGGAGCUGGAGGUGGCCAAGAAGUCCUACAUGCGCAUCAAAGACGUGCCCUGGCUUUACCUCAUCGAUUCCAUGGAGGAGAGGAAGAAGAAGGGCGACUUCAACGAGCAGGUGUUCCUGGGCGACAUCCUGUCGUACCGCGGCGAGUUCCGCGAGGCAGCCGAGUGCUACCAGAAGGGCGGCAAGCCGUCAGCCGCGCUCCAGAUGUACACCGACCUGCGCAUGUUCGACCUGGCGCAGGAGUUUGCUGGCGACGAGGACUCGUCCGACCGCAAGACGCUGCUGAAGAAGCGGGCCGAGUGGGCCAAGAACAUCAACGAGCUGCGCUCGGCCGCCGAGAUGUACGUCAACGCUGGCGAGACGCUGAAGGCCAUCGAGAUCAUGGGCGAGAACGGCUGGAUCGACAUGCUCAUCGAGACGGGCCGCAAGCUGGACAAGGGCGAGAGCCAGGCGAUCGAGCUGGUGGCCCAGCACCUGCGCCGCCUCAAGCAGUACGCGCUGGCCGCCGAGAUGUACAAGAAGAUGGACGACACUGAGUCGAUGAUCAGCUGCUACGUGGAGGCCGAGGCCUGGGACGAGGCGUUCGCGCUGGGCGAGCAACACCCUGAGUUCCGGCAGAUCAUCUACGUCCCGUACGCCAACUGGCUGGCCGAGCACGACAAGUUCCUGGAGGCGCAGAAAGCGUUCCACAAGGCCGGCCGGCUGGACCUGGCAUUCCUCAUCCUGGACCAGCUGACGGUCAACGCCGUGGAGGAGAGCCGCUUCGACGACGCUGCCUUCUACCACUGGGUGCUGUCGCUGCAGUGUCUCGAGGUCGCCAAGGAGGAUGCCGCGCAAAAGGACGCCAUGAUCAAGCUGUUCUACGAGCACCAGCGCAAGGCCAACAUCUACUACGCCUACCACACGAUCCACCGCUACAUCGAGGAGCCGUUCACGUCGUACAUGCCCGAGGCGCUGUUCAACAUCGCCCGCUUCCUGACGCACGAGCUCACCACGCUCCAGCCCCGCGGUGUCUCCAAGUUCUGCACCCUGUACGCGCUGGCCAAACAGGGCAAGAAUCUGGAGGCGUUCAAGCUGGCACGCUAUGCCUUGGACAAGAUCCAGCAGCUGAAGGUGCCUCUGCGCUUCCAGGAGAACGUCGACCUGGCUUCGGUGCAGCUGCGCGGCAAGGCGUUCACGGACAAGGAGGAGCUGCUGCCGCUCUGCUACCGCUGCUCGUCCGUCAACCCGCUGAUCAACACGCGCGGCAGCCGCUGCACCAACUGCAACCAGCCCUUCGUCUUCUCGUUCGUCUCGUUCGAGAUCCUGACGUUGGUGGAGUUCCAGCUGGAGGACGGCAUCUCGGACGAGGACGCCAUGCGCAUGAUCGAGCUGUCCGACCCGGACGGCUCCGACGACGAGGAGUCGAGCAGUUCGAGCAGCUCCAGCGAGGAGGACGAGGACGAGGAGGAGAAGCCGGCGCAGCUGUCCAUCAGCGCCGCCGCCGCCGCCGCCCUCCACCCCAACGCCAGUGGCGCCAAGCAGAGCGCUAGCGGUGCCAAGCAGAGCGCCAGCGGCACCAAGAAGAGCGCCAGCGGCAUCAAGAAGAGCGCCAGCACUGCCAAGAAGCCGAAGGGCUGGAAGGAGAAGAAGAAGGGCACCACGCAGACGCUGACCCUCAAUGACCCGAACGCCGGCGGUGAGGCGGAUCCCUUCACCGAGCGGCUGCUCAACUUCGAGCAAGGUGGCACCGACUUCAUCCCGGUAGUGGUGAACGCUCCUGCGCUGCGGGCCAUGAGUCCCGUGGACGUGCUGGUCUGCAAGUGGCCGCCGCCGCUGCGCUACCAGUUCUUCAGGAACCUGAUGCCCGACAUGCCUGUGUCCCACUGCCUGUCGUGUAACAGGCUAUUCCACACGGACGACUACGAGCUGCAGUCGCUGCAGAAGGGCUACUGCCCGUUCUGCCGCAAGCCGACCGACCCGCACCAGGUCACGGGCUCGGCCGAAUAGGCGCCUGCCGACCUGACCGGGUCCACUGGCCAGACGUCUGUCGCUCCCGCCGGAUCUCCGGGGGGUUGGGAUAGGUCCCAGCUGACCGGCCCGGGUCCCGGGCUCGGCUGGCCAGACGUCUGUCGCUCCCGCCGGAUCUCCGGGGGGUUCGGAUAAGCCCCGGCUGACCGGCUCGGGCCCCGGGCUCGGCUGGCCAGGCGGCCGCGGUGCCGGUCCGGGCGUCGGAUCAUCGGACGAGUCCCAGCGGGUCCGGCCGAGUCAUCAUCGAUCAGAUGGCCACAGGUCGGCCAUUCUGGUGCCGCCCGCCGGCACCGGCCCCCAGUCCUGAUCGGCAUGGCGGCCGCUACGCUGCGCACCUGCUGCACUGUCGUGCACGAUUGUGCGCGCUCCUGGUGCGGGUCCCCGUCCCGGGAACGCCUGUGAUCUGGUUCGAUAAAUUCGGCAAGAUGUUUGCGGCCUGUUUGUGUUGAUUUCAUUUCCUCGAAGUGAAUCGUAGCGCGGAUUUGAGAUGCCCGCGAGCGCUGUCCAACAUGCCGAAGUGAAUCCGCCAGCCUUUCAAGCACAUUAGCACGGGCCCGCUUCGCCCUUGUUAUUACCGUCUGGCCUAUAUGGUAAACGUGACCCUGGUGUGGUGCGCCACGCUCAUCAGUGCCGCUGACAUGCCAGCAGGCACUUCACGCCGGUUUCUGAGCGCCCUGCCGUCCGAAAGGUCCACACGCGCCCCGCGCCCUGACGGUUGAGGAACGCCAUCAUUCUGGCUUGUGUCAUGCGGUGCGCUCGUCCAAAGCGUGCCGUUGCGGUUGAGUCCAACUGAAAGUUGCCUGCGUUUUGUUACUGGAUCUGUUUACGUGAUAUUUAUCCAUAUUUGUUUUAUUAUGCGUGUCUAUUUUUGCGUGUCUUGUUUUACUUCGCAUCGUAUAAGACGCAAAUCUAGUCGUGCGGCUAUCUGAUGACAAAUUGCCGUGUCACUCAAUGGUUGUGCCGCUGUUGUUUUUGCACGAAGCAUGUGAUCUGAUAUCAGGAUUCCGUCUAGUCAUGACUGCUGUGAUAAUGACACCAUAUCCGUCCACAAGCUGCGCUAGUCCUGGAAAAUGCGUUAUCAC